UCUCAAGCUCGGAGGUCUGCCGCCGGAACUCGCACCGGCGGGGUCUGGACUAACGGAGCGCCGGUGGACCGGACAACCUCCGGGGUGGGGGGGUGGCUGCUGUACUUUGGUCCUCCCGUUUUAUUUCUAUUCUCCCGUCGUGGACACUACUAUAAUAGCUUAACUUCUUUCUUUUUAUUUUAUAUAUAUAUAUUUUUUAUCCCGCGCGGGGUUUUUAACAUAAGUGUCCUAGCUUAACUUCUUAUUUUAUCCCGCGCGGGGUUUUCAACAUUAGCCCUGGUCUGACUGAAGUUUCCCGCGAGGCGCUGAGGAGGAAUAGAGAUAAGGAUCAAGAGAGUGAUGCUCCGCGUCCCCCCGUUCUCUGUGGGACCGUUGUCGGUGAAAUUCCCGGCUUUCCCCCCCCGUGACCGUUGACUGACGGCCAGCACAGCAGCAUGUACGCCGGGCGCAAACGCCGAAAACCUGCGCAGAAAGGGGCCAAACCUCCACCUGCCGAAGGCGCAAAGUCCAACCCGUCCAAACGGCACCGUGACCGCCUCAACUCUGAGCUGGACCGGCUUGCCAGCUUGCUGCCCUUUCCCGAGGACGUCAUCUCCAGCCUGGACAAACUUUCCAUCCUAAGGCUUAGCGUCAGCUACCUCCGCACCAAGAGCUUCUUCUCAGUGGCGCUGAAGGACCAGCCCCCUAAUGGCGUCACCCAACAGGACGGGGGCUUUAAGGCAGCAGCGGCCGCAGACGGUCAAAUCCCCGAGGGCGAGCUGCUGCUGCAGGCUCUCAACGGCUUUGUCUUGGUGGUGACGGCUGAAGGCAUCAUAUUCUUCUGCUCCCACACCAUUCAGGACUACCUGGGCUUCCAUCAGACUGAUGUCAUGCACCAGAGUGUGUUUGAGCUGAUCCACACUGAAGACCAGCAGGAGUUCAGGAGGAACUUGCACUGGGCCCUCAACCCCCCGGUCAGCACGGGACCCCCCAUCGAGCCGGCAGGUGGAGACUUGGUGUCCAGCAGCUCCCCCUGCCCAGUGAGCUACAACCCCGAGCAGCUUCCCCCAGAAAACUCCUCCUUCCUGGAAAGAGCCUUCGUCUGCCGCUUCCGCUGUCUGCUGGACAACUCGUCCGGCUUCCUGCCGCUGAACAUCCAGGGCAGACUCAAGUUCCUCCACGGUCAGAGCCGCCAGCCAAGCGACAGCGAGAGGGGCUCGCCCCCGCCGCAGCUCGCCCUCUUCGCCAUUGCCACGCCCCUGCUGCCUCCGGCUAUCCUGGAAAUCCGCACCAAGAACAUGAUCUUCAGGACCAAGCACAAACUGGACUUCACCCCCAUGGCCUGUGACGCAAAGGGUAAAAUCGUCCUGGGCUACACCGAGGCGGAGCUGAGGGUGCGAGGCUCGGGAUAUCAGUUCAUCCACGCCGCUGAUAUGCUGUACUGCGCCGAAAACCACGUCCGGAUGAUAAAGACGGGCGAGAGCGGCCUCACCGUCUUCCGGCUCCUCACCAAGGAGAACCGAUGGAAGUGGGUUCAGGCCAACGCGCGGCUCGUCUACAAGAGCGGGAAGCCAGACUACAUCAUCGCCACCCAGAGGCCCUUGGCGGAGGAGGAGGGAGGCGAGCAUCUGAGGAAGAGGUCUAUGCACCUGCCCUUCACCUUCGCCACGGGGGAGGCUCUCCUUUACCAGACAGCUCAUCCGCUGCUCGGCUUCCCCGACCCCUGCCAGGGCAAAGCCAAAGGCGGGAAGACCAAGAAGAGCAAGGCGGACAGCAGUUCCUCCGAGGAGCUGAACCCAAAGUCCCUGCUGGAGGUUCUGAUGAGUCAGGACGAGUCGGUGUACGUCUGCCAGCCUGAUCCUGAGCCCAAGAUGUCCAUCAGCGCCCUCUGUGGCAGCUCGGAUGGACUUGACGGUAUGUUGAGUAGCGCCGGUUGGAACGCGGCUUCCAACGGGGAAGCGGUGGCGUGCGACGGUAAGGCGUGCUUCGAUCCACUUCUGGCCACGCUGGACUCCCUGUCUCUGGACGGGAGGGAGGCGUGCUCCAACAGCGAGCUAUUUAGUGCCCUGGAGAACCUGGGCCUGAACGCCGAGGACCUGGAGCUGCUGCUGCUGGACGAGAGGAUGAUCCAGGUGGAGCUGGACGCCUCCCACAUCCCCACCCUCACCGACUUCCUCAGCAACGACGAAAUCCUCUCCUACAUCCAGGACUGUCUGGAGAAUGGCGACCAGAGGGAGGAGCAGGAGAGCCGGGGCGGGGCCGGACUCCUGAACUCUGGCCAGGCUGGGUCCCAGCAGCCCGCCGCCCCACCGGGCCUCCCACCCAUCAUCCAGCUGUCGCAGCAGAUGCAGCAGCAUAUCAGCGCUGCAGAGCUGCUGAAGGCUCCGCCCAGCCACCUCGGGUCAGCUGGCACCGGUGACCCGUUUGGAGUUCUUCAAAACCCCUGGCUGGUACCAGCAGAGCACCACCAUCACCAUGGAAACCGCAUCCCCCCGCAUCCUCAGAUGAAACCUGCGCAGCUAAACGGACAGCAGCCGCCGCUCCACCCUCUGAUGGAGCCCAGUCAGCACUGGCAGCUGCAGCCACAGCCGCAGCCGAGCAGCACCAGAACCGCGCAGCUGGGCUUCCAGAACCCGCUCCAGCUGCCCGUGAACGGAUCCUGCCUCCCCAACGGGCACACUGUUUUCCCGCCAAACGUGGAGCUCGUCCACCCGGAUUACACGCCAGUUCCAGGAGGCGGCCUGGGUUCUUUCACAGCACCGGACCUCUGCAGCCACCAGAACCCUGCCACCUGGAACUACCAGCUGCAGAGCCACCUGGAUCGGAAUCUCAGUCCCGCCGCUGAGCUGGAGCAGCUGCUGGCUCUGUCGGAACCGCAACUCGGCCUGCCGUCCACGGAGGCCUACAGCGCCUUCGACGCCGCGCAACACUGCAAGGCGGAGAACGGCUGCCUCCACGGCACUUCGAACGGCGCCUACGUCAGGACCUGUCUGCUACCCAACGGCAACGGAGCGGCGCCGUGCGACCUCGGGGUCUCCUGCUCCGACCCACUGCCGGCCCUCCAAGACCCCCAAAAAUCUGGAUUCUUUCUUUGAAGGGGGAGAAAACCCUACGGAGGCUCUUUGUGGAGUAAUGAAGAGGUCAGAUCAGACAGUUUGUUCAUGUCCCACAGGUAACCCUCUGAAAACGGAGAAGUGUUGUCUUUGUUUCGCCACUGAACGUUUGGAAACGUUUCCCUCUCGGCAUCGGAUUUUUGAGCCAGAACUCGUCGUUUGCUGAUUUUUACAAACUCAAGUUGGAAAGGAGGAGAGCCUGCUACGAUCCCACUGUGGAGGCUCCCACCAUUGGAUCAUUUCCUGUCUUUAAAAGCAUUUGAAUCCUGUCCACAGGAAGUUUGUCGCUGGAAUUCAAAGCGGCAGGGAGGAGACUUUGUGGACAUUUUCACAGAAAGUUGUGAGAGCGGCUUGAUGUUCUAAGCUCUGCGUCCUCCUUCGUUAAAUCUGGUUUCUUUGGAUUCUCCGUUUUGCUUGGACUCCUUAAGGCAGAGCAGUUGUUGGGCCUCUCGGUUUGAGUCUUUUUAGGCCCGACAUCACUUGAAGCUGCUGGAGGAGAACCAUCUGAAGCUCUGAAGGAAAAAAGGAUCGGUAAGCCGGUAGAGGAUUUAAGGA